ACAUUACCGCCCACGCGGAGAUUGGAACGCCGGCGAAACCUCUCUUUCCGCUGCGUUCAGCGAAUCAACUUAAUGGAUAUAACUUCUCUGAAAAGCCGACACUCCUACAAUGACAGACUCUCAACAAUCUAGUACUGCCUCGAAUAAGGAGAACAAUGCCGAUUCUACUGGUUACGUUCCGGGAGAUGACUCAUGGACACAAUGGCGCAACAUUUUCGCUAUCUUGUCGGGGAAGAUGACUGCCGAAGGGAAGGAACAGUUCCGUGUUGCGCGGGAUAUUCGAAAUGAAGCUGCGGACUGCAAGCGCUGCGAGGAUCAGCGAGAUUAUCUCCUGCAAUACAGCCCUGUCAUUCGUUUUCUGAGCGAUAGUAUUCGACAACUUGGUGGCGAUCUGUCCAGCCACAACAUUUAUUGCCGUCGCUGCACAAAUAGAAAAGCGGGAGGGUUCGACCCUGAGUAUGGCAUACUACUUUGUGCCAAUGAGAUGAGAGACCAAGGUCAUUUGGAGGACACAAUGGCACAUGAGAUGGUUCAUGCCCACGACCAUUUGCGAUUUAAAGUUAAUUGGACAGAAAACUUGCGGCAUGCAGCUUGCACAGAGAUUCGAGCAAGUUCACUUAGUGGAGAGUGCCGAUGGGCACGAGAGUUCUUCCGGCGAGGCCAGUGGAAGUUUACACAACAGCACCAGGAGUGUGUGAGGAGAAGGGCGAUCCUGUCGGUCAGGGCAAGGCCUACUUGUAAAGACGAAGCCCAUGCUGAGAAAGUUGUCAAUGAAGUCUGGGAUAGUUGCUUCAGAGACACGCGGCCCUUUGAUGAGAUUUAUCGAUGAUAUACCCAUCCAUAGCUUUGUAAAACGAUUUCCUCUCUUCAUUUUUUUUUACUGGGAUAUACAGGCAUAGAAACUGUUUAGAAUGUACUAUAAUUAAGACAUCGAAUCAAAAGAGACGAAAGUGAAGAUAAAAA